AUAAACUUUUAGAUGGAAAAAACUAAUGACUCAUAAACACACCAACAGUAAUGUAAGAAUGAAGAAAAAGGAGAACACACAAAAUCUACGCAUAGGAACAUAUAUAUGUUGUGAAAUCUGGCACUGAUUUCGAAGACCCAGAUUGAAGUAUGUCUGGUUGGAUCUCAUCUAAACUCAAAGUCGCUGAGUCUCUUCUCCAACAGUUUGAUCAGCAAGCGGCUGAAUCGUUAGGUAAGAAUGAGAAGCUACAAUCGGAUGACUUAAAUUAUGGAUCCCCGAGUAAAAACAAUGAAAGUGUGCCUUUAAAGGACCAGCUUAAGAAAAAGAGGCCAGAUGUUAAACAGUCGGUAGGUACGUUACGUAAUGAUCGCCCCUUAAGGGUAGGGCAUAAUAAGAAUUUGAGUGGCGAUGGAACGAGCGAUCGGAAGUACAAGGAAUCUGUGGCUCCUUUGAGUGGAAAUACUAAAUCUACCUUAACUGAUAGUGAUUGGACUGAGUUGUUGAAUACACCAAGCAGAACUGCCAGUGGUAGUAAUGGAGUGUCUGGUGGAAGAGCUUUAUGGAAUGAUGCUAGGAAGCAGAGUGGAACAAAUACUUCAAGUUUGGUGGCUCGGAAAGGGCAGAAUGCCCAAAGUAAAGUAAUUUUGAAUGGUUUGAAAAAGGGAGAUGUUGUUUCGGAUGAUAAGGGUAAUGGGGUUGGUACCUCGGACGAAAAGCUGACUAGUGAAGAUUCUCAGCAAUCGGAUUCGGCGCCGUCGGUUUCAACAGUUGAUUUGCAUAUUGAGGAUGACACGAAGGAUACAAAAGUGGUUGUCACUAAUGCAAGUGGGAGCUCUAUCGCUGAGCAGAAAAGCGAGAUAGUUGAUGAUAAAAUUGAAAAGAAGUAUACAACAGUGGCUGGAAGUUCACACUUUUCAUAUGAGAGUAUUCCCCCUGCAGCUGGCGAAGCCACUGAUUCGAAGAUGAGAAUAGCAGAUGAUCACUUUAAGUUGGGGAGUACUGUUGGAGCUAUUAGCGAAAGUAGUGUGGUCUUGAGAAAGUCUCCAUUUGCCGAGCGAGCUUCUUCUUCUGGAAGUGAUGGAGCGUCUGAUUCAGAUACGGAUUCAGUAUCAACAACUGAUUCAGAGAUUGAACGUGAAAGGGAGGAAAAGAGGAGGAGAAGAGAGCAGGUGUUGGCUCAGAAAGCAGCCACUAAAGCGGCUGAGACAAUUAAAGAGCGUGAAAAUAAGGUUGCUAGAUUAGAGGGGGAGAAACAAAGCUUAGAGAAAAUUCUUCAAGACAGGGCCAAACAACAAGCGCAAGAGGCUUCAGAGCUUCAGACAACAAUGAUGGAAACUAUGGAAGCUGUAGACUUAGAAAAGCAGAAGCAUAACAGUACUAGAAUGGAAGCUUUGGCAAGAAUAGCUAAGCUUGAGACGGAAAAUGCUGAUCUUGCAAAAGCACUUGCUACAUCACAAUGGAAUCUUGAAGUAGAGGUUAGUCGUGUUGCAGAAAUCCGUGAGCAGAUUGAAUUGAAAGAAGUCACUCAUGAAGAAAUUAGAAGGAAGAUUUCUAGCUAUCAGAGUGGCAAGAAGUUGGCGACUUCAAAAGGAAUUGAAUUUGAAAAUGAGAUAAUUGAAGCGGAGUAUACUUUUCUAGCAGAAAAGGUGGCACGAUUACAGGAUAAGGCAAAAGCACUGGAAAUGAAUAUUGAAACAACCAGAAAGGAGAUAGAAGAUCCGACUGAAGUUGAGAUCGAGCUUAAACGAAGGCUUGGUCAGUUGACUGAUCAUUUGAUCCAAAAACAGGCACAGGUUGAAGGGCUCUCUUCUGAGAAGGCGAUGCUCCAGUUCAGGAUAGAGGCAGUUUCAAGGAUGCUUGAGGAUAACAAGUCAAUGCUGGAUUCAACUGGAUUACCUAGUUCUUCAUCAAGGAGUGACUUAGAAUCAGGGCCAUGGGAUAUAUCUAAAUCGAAACUGAGACCAAUGUUUGAAAACAGACUUAGAUCUGGAAAAAGACAUUUCAGUUCCUUGGUUUAUCAAUUGGAUCAUAUAUUUUCUGCUGGUGCAGUCUUCCUAAGAAGGAAUUCUGCUGGAAAAGCCUGGGCUCUCGCGUACCUGGUAUGUCUUCAUAUAUGGGUCUUGUAUAUUCUGAUGUCACCUUCUUCAGUAUCAGAGGAAGCGAGAUCUGGUGCAGUCUUUUCUUUAGAGAACAUCAACAACACUGGCGGGAUUUGAUCUUAUUGUCUUCUCAUGAGAGUGCCAUUGUUCUUAAUGUUGCUCCUUUUCUUUUUUACAUUAUUAUUGCACUGUCCUUGUCUUAGUAUUUCAUCCACGCCUGUCUUACUCUCUGGCCUAUUUUCCUCGGUAGAUAUGGACAGUAUAUAUGUAUUGUUCAUGUAUGAACUCAAAGCUGAAGCAUAGAUGGAUUUUAAAAACUUGCUUCUAAAUCAUAUAUUCUGUGCAGAAAAACAGAAUCACCACAUAUUGUACUAUUCACUUGAAUAUUCCAGUACGGCAUUCGUCCAUUAUGUUUGAUCGAUAUUUUUUUUAUAAAUUGUAGGCAAUUUUUUUAAUUUUUGACAA